UUUUCAUAGAGACCAUUUGGAAUAUCAUUUUCAUCUCUAUACUCUACUCGGAUUUAAUCAAGUUUUACAGUAAAUAACAUAAUCAAAGAGAACAAACAAAAGAGAGACACGUCUAUAUAAAACACUAAAAUCAUUGUCUUUCUUUUCUUUUCUUUCUAAGCAUGACUUCCAGCCUUUGUUUUUGGUCCAUUUUAUCAUUAGACGAUAACCUAAGAUUCCUAAGUAUCUCUCAAAAGAUGGGUACUGCAAAAAUCUCGGACUCUGGUCUCACAACAAAGGAUGUAUUACUUUAUCGCUCACUGUUUGAUUUUAUGCAUCCGAGUGAGAUUGAGCUUGCUAAAGCAGACAUUGCUCGUUUCUUAAAACUAAAAACACUUGCUGGAUCUGUAACAAGAUGUCAAUUGAAAAGUCUAAGCUUAUUAAGACCAAGUUUUGCCAAUAAUCCUUUUAGUACAUCACCAACCACUCAUGAAAAAAUAGACAUCCAAAACUAUCGAACUUGGGAUAUUGUUGAUAUUGUGAUGUAUACAGCAACUGAAAAUACAUUAUUGGCGUUCUUUCAUAGUGCAGAAACUAAUAGUCAAUGCUCUUUAAAAAACAACUUGCUAGCAUCUGAUAUCACUUGUGUUGAAUCUACGCAAGGCAUCUUUGAUAUUCAAGAUGCAGAAAAUCUUAAACAUACAUUAAGAGCUGUUCAUGAACCACUCAUGACAAGAGCUCCUCCUUUACGUAUCUUUCAAGUCAUAGAUCAAGCAAGUUUAAAACCCUUAUUUGUCUGGCCAUUUUAUGACCCCAAAACGUCAUAUGCAGUCGAACUAGCACAAUCAAUUGGUAAAGCUUUGAUUAUGAAAGAAUACAAAAGCAGCCUAUUUGAGAACAGUCAUCAACCACCACCCAAAAUAGAACUCAAGAAAGAAAUUCCUUGUACUCGUCAUUUUUAUGCUAGCACCAUGGUGAAUUUCAUUGACACAACAUGUCAUUUCCAGCGGCUUUCUAUACCUUAUGGAAACAUUGUAUUUGAAUCAUGUCAGGUAACACCUGUCUAUUCUCGAGAAACAUCGCCUAUGCAUCACAGUCCUUUAAGCGCACUCAUGGACGCCAACAAUUUACAACAAGAAAAAAAAUCAGGCAAUAUUGUAGCUGGUACUACAUUAACAGACACAAAAGGGUUCAAUGCGAAUGAGGUCGAGCCAUUGGAUGCGUGUUCCAAGUCCUCUUCGCCUCCUCUUUCUCAAAAAAGAAUGGCAGCCCUCUUUCAAAAGUUUCGUAUCUAUUCUGGUAAACCCAAGCAAAUGUGCCAGCCACAACAGGGAAAGAAUCUCGAAAUCAGACAGCAUGAUGUAGAAAAGAAGAAAAGAGUCAGUUUUAGAAAGCAUCAGAGCACAAACACAAUUAUGCAAGAUACAGUCAAAAUAUGCGUCAGAUGUCGUACAAGCAAUAGUCCUGAAUGGAGACGCGGCCCAGAUGGAAACAAAACAUUAUGUAAUGCUUGUGGCUUAAGGUAUUCUCGGUUCAAGUCAAAACAAUGGCGUACAUCAAAUGAACUCACUAGACCAUAAAUAAUAAAUAACGAGCAUCAUUCAUUGUGAUUCAAAGUGAUCAUUAGUUCAUUUAAACCCUUUAUCUUAAGAUGCAUAAAUCACUUUCUAUCCUUCUUGUCAAAUAAAAUCAAUCUUGGAUUUGACA